AUGUUUUUAUCAUCUAUCUAUCUAUCUAUCUAUCUAUCUAUCUAUCUAUCUAUUUCUACCUGGAUUCUAUCCUCUCUGGAAUCACCGUUUUUUCACAUCUAUCUAUAUAUGUUUUUCAUAUCUAUCUAUCUGUCUUUUCACAUCUAUCUAUCUAUCUAUGUCAUAUUUAUAUCUAUCCAUGUCAUAUUCAUAUUCCUAUCUAUCUCCGUCUUUUCACAUCUAUCUAUCUAUCUAUCUAUCUAUCUAUCUAUCUAUCUAUCUAUCACCGUUUUUUUCAUAUCUAUCUAUCUCUGUCUUUUCACAUCUAUCUAUCUAUCUAUCUAUCUAUCUAUCUAUCUAUCUAUCUAUCUAUCUAUCUUAUUUAUAUCUAUCUAUGUCAUAUUCAUAUUCAUAUCUAUCUAUCUAUCUAUCUAUCUAUCUAUCUAUCUAUCUAUCUCUUCAUUAUGUCACCGAAAUGAAGAACCUUACAAAAUAUUCAGGCCACUCUCGACAAAGAGAAAGAAAAAAAAGACAUGCAAGAGCCUUUACCGAGAAAGAAAUAAACAUACCCAUAUCUAUCUAUCUAUCUAUCUAUCUAUCUAUCUAUCUAUCUAUCUAUCUAUCUAUUCUUUUUUUCAUUUCUUUUUUUCUUCGCUUUUCUUCUUCAUUGAAUAUUUUCAUUUCCUUACUUGUGGCUCCUCCGUCAUUCAUCAUUUCCGUUCUGCUAUCUUUUUCUUCUUUCUUUCUUUAUAUUUCUUUAAACUUUUAUUUAUUCGAUUUUCUUUCUUUCUUCCUAUCAUAUUAAAUUUUCAUUUUUUCUUCUUAUGUGUCUUUAAGUUUAGUCUUUGUUUCUUUCUUUGUAUUUUCAUUUUCCUGUUUCUUUCUUUUCUUCCUAUCUUUCUUUAUAGUUUUUUUUUUAUUUAUUCGCUUUCUACAUGGUUUCUUUUUAAAUCUUUUUUUUUCUUACUUUUUUCUUACAUCUUUCUUUCUUUCUUUCUUUCUUUCUUACUUUCUUUCUUUCUUUCUUCGCUUUGA